AUGGAUUCAUCUGUUAGAGCAGUUGAAAAACUUCUCGGUUACAGAUUUCAGAACAAAAAACUCUUAGAAGAGGCCUUAACUCAUUCUUCCUACAUCGAUUCUGAGUCUUACGAACGCCUCGAGUUCUUCGGCGAUGCCGCUUUGGGUCUCGCAAUUUCCAAGUAUUUGUUCAUAAUCUACCCUGAAAUUGACCCUGGCCAACUCACUCUCCUCCACGCCGUCAAUAUCAGCACUGAGAGGUUCGCUCGUGUCGCUGUCCGACACAGGCUCUAUUCAUAUGUCCAACGCCGUAAUGUUGCCGCUCUUGAUGGCAAGGUUAGGGAAUUUACUGAAGCAGUUCAGCAAGAAGAUGAUACGAAGGUGUACGGUGGAGAUGUGAAGGCACCGAAAGUUCUUGCGGACAUCGUGAAAUCUUUGGCAGCCGCUGUAUAUUUAGAUUGUCAAUUUAAUGUGACCACUUUAAUGAUGGUGCGUGUGUCGGGUGAUGGAUGGGAAAAUAAACUUGAUGACAAGGAGGUGGCUGCAGCAAUUGCUUCACAACGUUCAAGGGGCUCGGGUUGCUCUGCAGGCAGGGGGGAGGAUUUGAUCAUAUGCUUGUGA